CUGUAACUACAGCGCUCUGAUCCGCACACCAACACAAACGCCAUCUUUAGCCGACAAAGUGCUGUACUGAAGCAGAGUUGUGGUUCGAAACUAGGUCAGGCGCCUGGAAAACUCGAAGACUUUUGGAGAUCUCCCGUCGGAAGCCUCCUCGGUUGGUGUUCAGCAACGCCCGGCCACACCGCACCGUCGUAUGGUCCAAUGUGUUUGAUCGCUCGGCCAGCCCGUACGCAGUUUUAUUUUGUCGGUCCAGGUUGACGUUGAAAGUGAUCCUCCGUAAAUAAGCAACCGACGGUGGAGCUAAAAGCCAGGAUGAAACGAGGUCUCCAAGAGAAUGAGCAGGAGGAAGGAGGAGGCCCCAGUGGGGGGUAUCAGAAGAGUAUCAAAUGGUCAACUAAGCAGGAUGGAGAGAAAGAACUGGAAGAGCAAGGAGCCAGCUGGGAGUGUUUGCCGCAGGAGAUCCUGCUUCACAUUUUCCAGUACCUCCCACUGCUGGACAGAGCUUUUGCUUCUCUGGUGUGCCGGGGCUGGAAUCAGGCCUUCCACAUGCCAGAGCUGUGGCGCUGCUUUGAGUUUGAGCUGAACCAGCCGGCCAGCUCCUACCUGAAGGCCACACACCCGGAGCUCAUCAAACAGAUCAUCAAAAAGCACUCCAACCACCUGCAGUACGUCAGCUUCAAGGUGGACAGCAGCAGAGAGUCUGCAGAGGCGGCGUGCAACAUCCUCUCUCAGCUGGUGAAUUGUUCUUUGAAAACCCUGGGACUCAUAUCCACAGCCAGGCCCAGCUUCAUGGAGAUGCCCAAGUCUCACUUCAUCUCCGCUCUGACGGUUGUUUUCGUCAACUCCAAAUCUCUGUCCUCCCUGAAAAUCGACGACACCCCUGUGGAUGAUCCCUCCCUCAAAGUCCUGGUGGCCAACAACAGCGACACUCUCAAGCUGCUGAAAAUGAGCAGCUGCCCUCAUGUUUCACCUGCCGGCAUCAUGUGCGUGGCCGAUCAGUGCCACGGCCUGAGAGAGCUGGCUCUGAACUACCACUUGCUGAGCGACGAACUCCUCAUCGCGCUCUCCUCGGAGAAGCACGUUCACCUCGAGCACCUUCGCAUCGACGUGGUCAGCGAGAACCCAGGCCAGCAGUUCCACACCAUCAAGAAGAGCAGCUGGGACGCCAUGGUGCGCCACUCCCCCAAAUUCAACCUGGUGAUGUACUUCUACCUCUACGAGGAGGAGUUCGACCCUUUCUUCCGCGACGAAAUCCCCGUCACGCACCUGUACUUCGGCCGCUCCGUCAGCAAAGACGUGCUGGGCCGCGUCGGGCUCACCUGCCCGCGUCUGGUGGAGCUGGUGGUGUGCGCCAACGGGCUGCGGCCUCUUGACGAGGAGCUCAUCCGCAUCGCCCAGCGCUGCACGCAGCUGUCCGCCAUCGGCUUGGGGGAGUGCGAAGUGUCCUGCAGCGCCUUCGUGGAGUUCGUGAAGAUGUGCGGAGACAGACUGAAGCAGCUGUCCAUCAUGGAGGAAGUGCUGGUUCCGGAUCACCGUUACGAGCUGGACGACAUUCACUGGGAGGUGUCGAAGCAUUUGGGUCGGGUCUGGUUCCCUGACAUGAUGCCUACAUGGUAGAGUUUGGUGAGGGGCUAAUUUGUUUUUUGUUUGGAUUUUUUUUGUGUGUACAGAUUCUUAUUUUUACUGGUACAACAGAAGAAGAAAUUACAUCUUUUUGAUCUUAUUUUGUUUUUAAUUUGAUGUAGCUCAUGCAUUUAUAUAAUUUAAUCACUCAUAUCAUUUAGCAUUUUCUUACUCUGAGCCCUUCAGACCUGUUGUUGUUAUUUACACAUCAAUUAGUAGCUUGAACUGAUGGGUGUAUCUGGAAUCUGUUGGGAAUUUGAGGAAUUAUGCUCAAGACAGAAGUUGCUCCACAUCUGUGUUGCUGACAUGCAGGCAGAUAUUUUUCUUUUGUAUAUAUGGUAAAUAUAUAUUUUUUUGCCUUGUACAGGCAUAACUACAGUCCUUUUAAUAAAAGGAAGUAACUUCACAGAGAUGAAUUUUACAAAGACAAGUAUAAUUGUUGUCGCCACACUAAAUGCACAAUGUGUGUGAAAUCAGUUUGUGUUAUCAUCUUCGUCGUGGAUAAAAGGUAAAUGCAGUACAUAAAUUGGACGGGGUGAUCAGCAUGAUAAGCUAGGAGGUUUUUGGUUAAUCGCUGUGCAAACGCUUGUGGAUUUUUUUUUUUUUUUAAAUUUACGUUAUUGUCUGUGCGUAAUUGCUAACUGGUCUUUGCAAAGAGACUUUGUGUGGCCCAGACUGGGUGGUGGUCAUGAGACAGCAGUCUGGUAUGCAGCAGCAGAGGUGGAUUCUGUCUUGAAAUUAUGUUUUUGUUUCUUCUAACCUCUCCAGCUUUCCCUCACAAAGCCACUAUUCCCUGUCGACUGAGUCACUACCACUUGUUAUUUUUGUGUUCUUCUAUCCAAGUGGAAAAGCCCAAGGAUAGCCUAUCUCCUGUUUGUAACAUUAACUGGCUGGCCAUGAUGAGCUUGUAAAUAUCUCUAAGUUGCACCACGUUUUUUCCUCUUUCCUGUAUUGUACCACAAAUUAUCCUGUUGAAACUGUAAAGAAAAAAGUUAAUAUUUGAAAACAUAUACAUAAAACAAACCCUAAUUACAGACAUUAAUAUGCGGUAUACUUGUACAAACAACGUAUAACUUUAAUGCACUUUUUCUCUAAUGAAGGUCCCCAAGCUUGGCAAAGUAAACCCAUACAGCCGCAGAGGUAAUUUCUUUCUGUUGUCACAAACUCUCUUUGUAGAUUAUUUGAAUUUCUGCUUCCUUUUUUUAAAGAUUUAUUUUUAUUUUUAACAUUCUAAAUCUAAUGAAUAGUAUGGAUUAUUUAUUAUAUGAGGAGAAAAUCCCUUUACCAAGAGAAACUAUCAUAUAAUGUGCUACUAUAAUACAAAUGUCUAUCUAAGAAGGAUUUUCUAUUUAGUUUUUGUAGUCUGUGUUGUAAUAUCUAAUGUGUUUAAUACUGGUAUAGGAAAUAAAAAAAGGAGACUGUAUCACGAAUUCCAGAGAUAAACAUAUUUAACUAUUAAUCCUGGUGAUGUAGUCACUUAAAUUUGUAAUUAGGGGAAAAAAUGCAAAUAUUGUGGGUUUGAACCACUGAAUUACAAGGUUACAAUCAUUUAAUUACCUCCAAUAAACAAAGUGAGAAGAAUGAGUAGGUGUGGCUCCAGCUGAAUGCUUCGCAAACUGAUCACUGACUUUUGUUAAAUCCUAUUUCUUAAAUUAAAAUUUUAUUUUUCUCAGUCCCAUGAUAAUAAUAAUAAUAAUAAUAAUAAAACAUGUUAUUACUUGCACAAUCACCCUUUCGUUGAUAUAAAAUGAUGCUGUUCCACAUAGUGAAACAGAAAAAUGUCAAGUCCUGAUCCGAAUGAAUAUUGUUUAACCAUUUUUCAUUUAACGUUGGUUGUGUAUUAUUAUUAUGUUAACUGUAGUUACAUUUGUAAAAACAUCAAAUUUGAUAGCCUGCUGCUCUGUUAAUAGACCCAUCCUGUCUUUAUGUGUUUUCUUCCCUGCAUGAUUCAUCCCGUUUGUUAGAAAACCAAAUGAAAAUACUUUCAAAACAUUGUUUUUCCUGUUUGUAAAUACACGCCAUCUGCUGGUUAGUGUGGUUAACUGCAUUUCUUUUCACCUGUGCAUGAAGAUGAUUAUUGUAAUCUAAGCAUGGGAUGGAGAGAUGAUCUUUCUUCUGAAACAGUUCAGCUGCUGUUAAGUUAUAUUUUCUCUUACUAAAGCUGUAUAAUACUGAGAUUUAUUUGAAAGUAACUUGUAUUUUUUUUCCAAAGUUAUACAAUAUUUUAGUUUAUAGUCAUUAAAAACGCUUGUUUAAAAAAA